CCUCAUGGUUUCGGGCCAACCGAUGGAGAAUCUAUCUACUCGUAUUUCAGUCAACAAGACAUGGGUCAGUCUAAUCCACAUCAGCCACUCAAUCCGCUCCCGGAAGAAAACCAACCCGGACCCGGGACGGCCGGUUUUGUGGACUCGGGAAUGCAAACAGGUGACGGGAACGGGACCGGACCGGAUGGGAGUCCGGCCGGGGGUGGAAGUCACAGACAUCAUCGUAGACGUCGACGCAAACAACAACAACAGCAGCAGCAGCAGCAACGAACCACAGCUGAGAUGGGCAACAAUGGUUCAGGGUUGAAUGAUCAGGGAGACGGUGCAACAGGCGACGGAUCACAAUUUGGCGAGGCGCAUUCCAAUCCACAGUUGGACGAACAGAGACAACCGUUUGAUCAGGACGUGGCUGCACCUAGACGUCAUCACUCAAUCUCUGCAGGGACCUAUUCGGAUGCCGACCCGAAUUCCACGCAACAGAGUUUUAACAUGUCAAACGACGCGUCCCGGCCAGGCUACAUGCGAUUCGGGUAUUUUCUCGUAUUCCCGCUUCAACUACCACCGCGAACUGGCAAUGUCACUUUCGGUCUUCCGUAUGUGAUGUUAACUCUUGAACUUCUUCGACACUGA